UAGUCACUUGAUAGCAGGAAAUGUAAAACUGUUGCCUGCCCUUUUGCUUUUGUUCCAGCAAGAAGACAAAAUUAUUGUGGUUAUACGUAUGAUGUUCAUGUUUGAUUUUCAGUUGUUUUGUCUUUGAUGAAUUCACAUUUGAGCUGAAUCGCUCACUGCUAUAAUUUUGUUUCAUGAGCAGCAAAGUUUCCAUCUAUAAUUCAUUACGAAACACAGCCCACAUAUUGACCUAGGCCUCAUCUUGAUCGUCAGAGCGAUUUGUCAUAAUGUUCAGUUUGUUUUCUUUUACUUUUUUAUGUUAUACUUUAGGGCAUGUUGGCAUUGACAGGAAGAUUGGUGCAAUGAGCUCACUUGGACUGUGGUUUUACAUAGCAUAGAGUAGGUCUCACUUUGACAGGCCUCAGAUGUAUUAGCAUCUUUGAUGCUUUGAGGGCCGCAGCCUACAUGUAUUAUAGAGUGACAAAGAACAAAAGUACUUCAGCAAUGCAGCACUUGUCUGCUAACGGUUCACAGCAUACUUGCUAUGACUCGGUGAUGACUGCUUUAGCGGUUACGGUGGAACUCCUCCUGACACCCCGGGGUUAUUUAGAAGCAGUGCAUCGCAUUGCAGCAGAAUUCAUUGCAACCUUUUUUUUCAGAGGGAAAUCACUUGUACAAUGUAAUAGUCUCAAACUUUCAGUUUUUGUCAGGGGUAAGGGUAAUAGCAGCAGGAAGUGCCCUGAACUGAAAUAGAAAUGUUCUAAUUUAUGAUCCACUUCUCUUAUCUCGAAACUACCCUACCUCUCAUAAAUAUGCGUAAAUAUAUGCGUAAAUAUGCAUAGAAUAUACAGGGAAAUGUGCCACAACUCCAAGGGAGAAAUUUUGGCACCCUUGAUAAAAAAAAAAAAAAACACCCAUACAUCUUUUAUUUUGUAAGCUUAUCAUAAAUAAGAUGUAUUAAAAACAUAUAUAAAUUAUAAAAAUAUUAGAAUAAAUUUCAUUAUUUUACACAUUUUACGAGAAAAAUGUACACAAAAACAAAGUACAAUAAUAUAACAAUUAUAGCAACAACAUUAUAUUGCUAUUAAUGAUAAUAAAUAAUAUAUGCUUUAUUAUACACUCACAUCCCAAUGUACUGUUAAUAUGAAGGAAUUUUCUGUAUUGAUUUUUCACAGUUGUUUUAAAUUAGGUUUUCGUGCUUUAGGGUCAAUAAACUUAAUGGAAAAAGUACUGGUAAUUUUCUGCCAGAACAUUAUUUGUUUUUGUACAGAUCUUUUUCUUACAGUGUAUUCAGUAUUUAUUAAAUACAUAGUUCAGUCAUGAAACUCUAGAUGGCGCAGGCUGAUGGGUCCAUAACGCAAGCUGAUGAUAAUUACAGCAUUAACUAAUUGGUACAAGCUGAUUGGUCCAUGUCACUUCUGCAGCCAAUGAGCUUGUUGUGCACACAUUAAAUGGCUGGUUACAUUCACUUUAGCAGUUUGCAGCACGCUUCAGAGUUCCUCUACAAACCCUUCACCUUCCCCAGCUCCACCUGUAUAGAUCUGCUAUGGGUUAUUGAUAUAUGCUAUUUGUGCAGCAGCAUUAUGUCUUACUCGCAGCAGCAUAUCGGCAUAUGUAUUGGCAGUAGCAAGUUCCUGUACUUGCUCUGCAGCAGCAGCGUAGCAGAUCUAUUCCGCCAAGAUCAAAUACAUUAACAUUGUCAUAUCCAUUACUUAUUAUUUAUAUUACUUGUAUAUAGAUAUAUUUACUUUUUAAGUAUCCAAUAAGACAAAAAAAAAAUGUCUUUGUAAUGUUUGUCCCAUUGGAUCCAGUUAUUAGUUCCAAGGCAAGUACCCUCACUGCAUUAUUUAGAUGCUAAAAUAUAUUAGAGCAGACAGUAGAGUACAAAAUGUAGAUUCAGUAUAGAUACUUAAAUUAUCUUGUAGCUGAAGUUGAUUAAUCUCAAUGACUUGUCCAAAUCACAAUUUACUUUUAAUUCUCUGUAUUUUCCAGGACGGUGGGAACACUAAUAUCAAGUAUGAAAUUUGUUUAGACAUAGCAGGGCAAUUGAUUCAAAAGAUCAAAAAAUGGGAUAUUCCUAAUUAUGUAUAAGCAAAGAGUGAGAGGUUAUGGGCUGCAUGGAGAGAUCAGUGAUCAGUCUAGCUUCAGAUUCUUAUUUCGCCAUCAGUGGUUCACUUAUAAAACAACCUGGGAGCUGAACACAGGCCAGGACACUAGUGAAUGCAGCCUUUGUUACAGGAGCUUGUCUUCAUGGCACCCAGGUAAUCAGCACUCAGCCUUGUUUCCAGAAAUAACCACUGGUAUCUGGGCAUUAGGUUCACAAGCUGCACUGUGAGCUGAAGGAGGCGGUCUUCCGCAAGCUUUAAAGAGACACUUCACCGACUUUAAAAGAAGGUCUGGUACAUUAACCCACGUGUAAACAAGACCUUAUUUGACUGAAAACUGAAUGAAUAUUGCCUAGAUAUAGUGUAAUAAACCCUUCUUGAUGAUGCAAUCUACAGAUGCAAUCCACUUCUUGGAAAAUCUGGGAAUUUUGUUCUUGUUUAAAUGUGGAAAUAGUUUUAGGAUCUUUAGAAAUUUAACCCAAAGAAAUAUAUGUAGGAUUCAACCAUAUUUUUAGGUCACUAAUUGAAGUAUCAUCAGGUCUUAUUCAGAUCAUGUGCUGCUGUCAUUACAGCAAAAAAAAGGGACAAAUAAAUACUAAGACAUAAGAAACCUCUUUUUAAAUUCAACUUACACUUUACAUAAAAUAGAAGCUUUUUCAGCAAGUGGUCUCAGACCUCAGAUUACAAAGAAUUGUAUUUCUAUACAAUGUCUAUUAUAACUGAUUUUUACUGAGUAUAUAUUUCCUGUUUAUUGUCGUUUGGGAACAUUUAAAAUGUCGUUAUGUGAGUGUAUAGGUUAGAAUAUACACUGGUGCAUUCAGUAUUAAAAAAAAUGUAAAAAAAGAUUUAUAGAUAUUAGUGUGAUUAAAAUAUGUUGGAAAACAAGGACAGAAGCUUUAGAGAAAAUUAAAUAAUGUAAAGAAAAAAAUGAAAUAACCAUAAGUAUUCAAAGGAUUCUUGUGCAAUUUUUAUUUGCAGUCCUCACCCUGAAUAAAGACAUACCCAGUUUGGGCCAUGAAAUUUAAUAACCUGCAGAUGGAAUCUGAAGUUGCUCCUCCUAUUUUUCCCUGUCCAUUUUCUCCCAUUCCCUCCCUCCCGUUUCCUCCCUCUCUCGCGUUCUCUGCAGAACAGCCGCAUCCCUUUGCAUCAAUCAGCAGCCAUGUUGAAGGUGAUCCCACAGUCCUCCGCCACCUUUCCGCUUCCUCCCGAGCUCUCGUUGUCUCUUCAGCGCUCUCGCGCAUUCACUCUCUGCACACAGCGGUUUUUCACUUUAAUAUCUUCUCAUGCUUUCGCAGAAACCCCUCUCUAGUCUUUUCUGUCUUCCUGUCCUUGUCUCAAGUCACCAUUUCUGCUUGCUCAUGCACUCUCUCAUUCUCUUUUUCUCCUCCGCUGCUCGCCCUCCUUCUGUUUGAUAUCAGAAAUGAGCGUUUGAGAAGCGGUCUCUCUCUCUUGCUCGUUCUCUUUUUCUCACACCCACCCACCACCACCACAAAGAUGCACGCAUAAAAAUGUUGCAGCAGUGGUAGCGGUACAGCUAUAAGAGCAAACAGCCACGUUUAGAUGUGCAUAAAUACAUUCCGGACCAUAGAAAAGCAUGUUUCAUGAGGUGGGCGAGGGACAGGCGGAGAACACGAACUUUGUGUGCCUGUGCAUCUAAAUUCAUCGCUGUUCAUAAUCUUUUUUUGGAGAGCUGGGGGUGGAGGGGAGCUCAUCUGAAAUAGUAGCAUCCGGACUGCUGUUAUUUAUUCUACGUGAUGGAAAAUGUCAAAAGCUGCCUCUCGCCAGGUGCCGUUUUGUUUUGACACCGGUGGUUGCAUUGUUGCAUCUACCUCACACGGCAUGUGAGCGCUUCUCACAUGUUAGCACGCUGAUCCAUUUUCCCCGUGCUCUCUCGAUCCAGCUGCCCUUUUGCAGUGGUUAAUGAAGUUGCAGUCCUUGCUAGCACGCCGCAUCUCUUUUCCGCUGCUAAUAAUGCACAGACAGCAGCAGAGCUGCCCUGCCCGACUAUUUAUAAACUCCACAGUGGGCGAAUAGACCCUGGUGGCCAGCUAGCGCGUGUACGGAAGGAACGAGACCUAUAGCAGGGUGCAGUGGAGCAGACUGAUGCCCCCUGCCACCUCUGGACUGGGCGUCUCACGCAGAGAGGGCACUGGGACUAGGGUAAACGAAAAAGAGAGAGAGUGUGAGAGUGAGAGAGAGAGAGAGAGAGCAAGCAGGAUAGACUUAUAGGAGAGACUGCGAUCGCAGCAGAGAGCAGCAAGUGACGAGUUGAAUCUAAAAAAAAAGCUGUAACACUUUCGCCUGCAAACGAAACAUCUUUUUCCAGCCAUCAGUGGAUCGCAGGAACUGUAGAGGAAGGCGUGAGCGAUGUUUUCCGCUCUCCAUCCACUGAAGCGCUUUCUCUGAUUAACUGAAAUAAAGAACGGUUUGAGGGAAGGUGGGGGAUUUUUAUUUUUCCGCCAUUUCGCAUAUCCGGUAUGGUAAGUCAUGAUGACUGUGGUCAACCCUAGCACUCUUGGUCUGGUGGACAAUUCCCACCCCCAAGCUGUCCUCAGUCAUCUUAGUGAACAGCGUUCACAAGGCCUAUUCUGUGAUGUAAUAAUCGUUGUGGAGGAUGUCAAAUUCCGCGCUCACCGCAACAUACUGGCUGCCACAAGUGGAUAUUUUCGUAAUGCUUUUAAAACACCUGAUGUCUACACGUCCAGCCAGGUGCUGGAGCUAACAGACCUGAAAUCUGAGGUCUUUGCUAGCAUUCUAAACUUCAUCUACAAUGCCAGAGUGGAGUCAAAUAGUACAGAGGACAGCAGGUCUCUGGUGGCAGCUGGAAAGCGUUUAGGAAUUCCCUUUCUGGAGAAAUUGCUAGACUCUGAAAGGCAGAGCUCUGGUCUCUUGCAAGGCCAAGCCUCUGCAAGCUGCGGAAGAUCAAACGGUCAGUCAAAGUUGGCAGACACAUGCACACUGAAAAAAGAGACCCUCAAGCCUGAGGAGUUAGACUGCUCCAAGGGCCCAAGGAUCACCAAUGCUUUCUCUAUUACUGAGGUUGGGGCAGUAAACAACCCAUUCUCUACACUGGAUCACCGUAACAAAGUUAUUGAGGAAGGGCAUUCUCCUUCCAGCUCCCAAGAUACAAGCAUAUCACCCGUAGAGAGUGAGCCUGCCCAUGCUCUAACAGAGCACUCAUAUGCAGUGAGCCAGGGGCAAGAAUCUAAAGAGGUUAACCAGGGGAAUGAUAACGGAACCAUCAUGCCUGUCGUUCCUCCAGCUAAGACUGUGGUUAACAAUAGACUUGGACCUAUAAAGAAGCGUCGUAUACAUGGUAAUGGCAUUCCGUCUCUCUCAAGUGAGCCAGGUGCAACUGUGCCCACUAUUACUGGCACAUCUGCAGUGGAAAAGGCUACUGUUGCACCAUUAUCUUCCUCCCAGUUAUCCUCAGAUACAGCACCAGUGAUACAUUCCAGCCUCGAUCUCUUGCCGCCACUUGACGUCACACCUUCUCAGGAUGCAGAGCCACCCUGCCUCAGUCCUCAGAAUACACCCAGUGUCCCCACCUUCUGCUGCCAGCAAUGCCCUGAAACCUUUAGUGACUCUACGCUUCUCACCAUCCACAUGCAAAUACACAAGAGAUUUGUCAGUCAUUUGUUUUGCAAGUACUGCCAUAAAAAGUUUAUGCAUCUGAAAAGACUGCGCAAUCAUGAGCAGGUUUGUGUGAAAUCUCUAAAAGGUCCAUCUGAGUUAGAGACAAAUAAUAAAGACUCAUUGAGAGUCCCAGUCUCUAAUACUACACCCAAUUCAAAUACCACGCAACACUCUUUACCUCCACCAGAUCUCCAUAUCCCUUUAAGUUUAGACCCCACAUUGACUAGUCCCCCUGAGCUGUCUCAGGAUCAAGUUAAUGGGACCUUAAAAACAAAUAGCACUUCAAGGACAUAUAAAUGUUCUGUAUGCAGACGGGCUUAUGUGACCAUUUCCAGUCUAAAAAGACAUGAGAAUGUACAUUCAUGGCAUAGAGCCUAUCCUUGUCACUACUGCAACAAAGUUUUUGCUCUGGCUGAAUACCGUACAAAGCACGAGAUUUGGCAUACUGGGGAACGCCGGUACCAGUGCAUCUUCUGCUUGGAGACCUUCUUGACUUACUACAUACUCAAGAAUCACCAGAAGUCUUUUCAUGGCAUCGAUCCACAGCUGGCUGUCAAUAAAAAAUCAGCAAAUGGCGGAUUCAAGAGUAGUGUGUACCCCAUAAAGCUCUACAGGCUCCUCCCAAUGAAGUUUAGAAAGAAACGUUAUAAGUCAUACAGUCAGACAUAUUCUGAGGGGAUCGAGGGCAAUGAUGAGUCCUAUAAUGAACCACUGGGCAGCUGUUCCCCCAACACUCUUUUUGACAGUGCAGUACCUACAACUAAUUCAGAUGUUGUUUGUGGUCAGUCAUUAUUUUCAAUGCCAGUGACAUUCAUGGCCACCCCGAAAAUGAUGGCAUCAGAAACUCCUCGCAUCAGCUUUGACAAACCGUGUGACCAAAACAUAGGAUUUCCUAUGUCACCUGAGAUAGACCAACCUUCAAAACACCUCUCUACUGAUUUCAAGAAAAGGUCUGGAUUUGAUGGCAAAGGGUCACCGCUCUUCAGCCACAGAUUUACAGAUUCUUCAAAAGCAAUAGAGAAAAACACAGGGACCUCUCUCAUGACAAAUGGAAGUGACAGAGAUUCUUCAACAGAGAAAAACACAGAAAACAGCACAGACAUUCUUCCAUUCCUCAACAUACCAUCUGUCUGCUCCUUUGAAGGGUUGAGCAGGCUGAGUGAACUGUCAGCAGCGGCACAAACCAUUGAGGACAUGGCUAAUCAGCUGCUACAAGCAAGACCCGAGAGCAUAACACCGGAUCAGCCACCUAAUGGAAAGACAGAAACAUACAUUGCUAAGCCUGCAUGUCCAGGCCCAUCAGUUGAUAACCAAGUCCUUCCCCUCUGCCAAAUAACAGUGAAGAUUGGCAACGAGGCAAUUGUUCGACGAAAAAUAAAAGGCUCAAAGCUAUUUCCAAAAAAGAGGAAGAGGAAAAGCUGGAGACAAGAGGGUAUAGGUCAAAAUAGCCCUGCAGCGGAGAGUAUUGGAAGUCCAAGUUUGCGGCUGAGAACAGAAGUCACAACAUCAGUUACAGAAAAUGAAUCAUAUGAUGACCCAAAUGAUCCUGAAACCGACAAACUAUGGCGACCCUAUUACACAUAUAAACCUAAAAAGAGGGGUAAGAAACCGAAAGGCAAACGAACAAGGAUGAAGCAUGUGAGAUGCUACACUAGACCAUUGUCACCUGAAGCCAACGAAGAAUUCAGAGAGAUACCGUUCUGUCCAGAUGAGAGGAUCUCAGCAGACAACUAUGGGGUCAGGAGGGAGCCAAGGCAUAGCAGCCAAAAGGAAGCUUUCCUCUGCCACAGCUGUGAGAGCUCUUUCUCUAGCCAGACCUCCCUCAGCAUGCACAUCAUCAGCUGCCAUCAGCCAUGCUGCAGAAUAUGUGGUAAACAAUGUCCCCCUGAAUCCAGCACAGCUGGGCCCACUGCAGAGGAUAGUGGUGACUUUAUCUGCAAGAGCUGCACUGAGGAUGGCUCCUGUUUCAGCUCGGAUGUGGCGUCCCACAGCCUGAGCAUGGAAAAACGUUACAGAUGUUCUUACUGCCCACAGCGGUUCCUUUACCUUGCCACCAAGAAAAGUCAUGAGAAAAAACACCUAGAAAAGUCAGGAAAAGGACACAAUUGCAGGUAUUGCUCAAAGGUAUGUAAAUCAGCAGUGCUGUUGAGUGUGCACGAGAGCAAGCACUUCAAGUCAGAAGAUGGAGAAGAUCCAGACAUGACAUGUAAAAUAGCCAGUUCGUUUUCUACAGGUAAAGAGCGCAAAGGACAGAUCAAACCUGAACCUUGGGAAAGCAUGUAUACCUCCUCAGAGAUCAAGCCAAAGAUGGGGGAACCCAUGGACAUGGAUUCUGAGGGGAAUUAUCCUACAAUCACCAGUGUCUACAAGAAAACAUCUUUGUCAUUUCCUUAUGCAGCAGAUAGGUCUUUCACUCCCCUUCCCUCAGAGAUAAAGAGGAAGAAAUCCAAGAAAAAAAGCAUUUUGGAACGUCCUAGAGGAUUUGGAUUUGAGGGGCACACACAGGACUCUGUGAUAUGGGGCCACCAGGAUUGACCUGCCAACACAGGUACAACCAAGUAAAGCGCUGACUCAGUCCAAUAUGUCAGCCAAGAAUGUCUGUAACCAAAGGAACUUCCCAACAGCCUACAGUUGCUCAAGUCAGAGCAGCAUUUCUAUAAAGAGGAACCUCGUUUUCACACCCACGACAGGAAGGAAAUGCAUCUCCUGCUGAUGUCACAUAGAAUAAUGACGUAAGUGACAGGGCAGGCCUUACAACGUUUGAAAAAUGGAGGAAAAACGCACAAGAAAGUAUGAGGAGGUUGGCGUAGUGACUUUGUCUUCAAGAGAACUUGUGAGAUGUAAAUAUAGAGUAUUUUUCUCAUGAAAUACUAUUGGUAGUUUUCCACGUUUUUUAUGAGAAAAGGUGGUUUUAUUUUUAUACGUUUUUAUUUGUCUAAGGCAGGUGGAUCUUCCCUAUUUCAUUGCUCAUUGUGUUGUACUCUAUGCAUUAAGUAAAGUGAACAGCUAGCAGCACCUUAAAGUAAAGAUAACUUCGAGUGAUUGUACUUUUAUUGUAACAUAACACCAUUACCACCGUUUCAAUCUAUUUGUUGCACAAAAUGCAGUAAUAACUCUGCUGAUAAAUGCUAAAAAUUAUUUUCCAGAAUAUACCAAAAGUUUUACCUUUCAUUUAUAAAAUUACAUUUAAUUUUGUGGAAUAAACAAAUCAUGAAAUAAAAAUAAAAUUACAAAAAUAACACAUAACACAAGUCAUGUUAUUAAGUAGCCUAUAACACAAUAUCUUGUUAAAAUUGUUGUAACGUUGGAAAAUGUAAUAAUGUUAGCCACAGUAAUGCAAUUUAAUCUGUUUUUAUGACAUUACAUUUAACAAAUGAAAACAAGGCUGUAAGGAAUAGACCAUUUUUUGACAAUACGUAUGUUUUGUUCGCUGAAUGUUAAAGGUGCAGUAUGCAGGAUUUUCAGUAACUGUUUGUAAACAAAACAUUCAAACUUGGCCUCUCCUCACGGACAGAACACCGCCAGUAGUGCAAGCCCUCUGCCCUGACAUUGUAUCAGUUGCACACGCAACCCAACUGACUCGAGAAAUUACCUACGGGAAGAAGAAUGAUGAGCUAUUUGUUUAUCAUGCAUAAAUAGCAUUUUUUGGUGUAUAUGAAAGAAGUUCGAUGACUGGCUGUAAUUUGCGAGCAAGCUUAGUCUAGCUCACUAAUAAACAACAAUUAUGUGUCAUCAUAAAAACAAUUACAAUGCCUAGUAAUCUGUCAAGUUACAGUCAUAUUAAGCCUAAAGCAACAUUAACAGGCCAAAGGUGCAGCCCAGAAACAUCCCGAGCACAGGAAUUCAAAAAGAAAAUAUGAAAAUACAGGCACAGGGCAGUAUCUCAAUAGACAAACACCACCACACACUUCUAGUAGUCUAUACUUUUUUUUUUCUCGAAAAUCCUGCAUAGUGCACCUUUAAACAAAGGGGUACGCAAUAGUACAACACAUUAAAGGGACUUAUAGCCUUGUUUUCAAUUGUGGCACAUUAAAAAUGGCAUUUACCCUUGACCAAGUUCUAUUGUAAUGUUGGCUGAGUUUCCUGCCAGUAAUAAAAUGUCAAAUGUCA